AUGUAUGUCAACAGUUUUAGGCAACACUGGGGCGUGAGGGAAACAGUGAGGGAAACAGUGCCGCUAGAGUAUGACAAUGAGACUGACAGCAAGCAGGACACCCUUCUCUUCCACGGGGCCAGCUUCAGUUCUAAGACUUGAGAAGAUCUGGGUACCAUGAACUUGUUAUCUGCCCUGGGGUACCGGGUGGUCGCCGUCGAUCUACCAGGUUUAGGGCGUCUCCUGCCUGCCCAGGUGACUGGCCGGGUGGAGUUUGUCCGCGACCUAAUCCCAGAGUUCGGUUUGAACUUGCCCGUUCUUGUGACACCAUCGAUGAGUGGAAGUUACGCCUUGUCCUUUGUGUUCCGCGCCUACAUUCAGCUCCCUGUAAAGGGACACGCAGAUUGUAAGAGAACACAAGUGGAUGAAGCAACCCCAACUACCCUCUCCCAGAAUCUGAACACUCCCCAACCACCCAGUGGCAUCCCCGAGUCCGGCCGUCCUGCCUCCAGGGCACCCACAGCUGGCGUAGACCCAGUGGCUAUCCAGUUUAUUACGUUUCUCAACCGCGAGGAUGUAAUAACUUCCGAGUCGUCAACAUUUCAAGGCACAGCUGGUAUGGGAAAUACCUGA